CGGUCGCGGUACUCCAGGUUGCUGUAGUUGCCUUCGGGGAUCCCGUUGGUUCCGUAAAGAAGACCCCAACAACAGGCGGCGAUCACCGCUGUGCUGUCGCUGUCACCUUGGCAGAAUAAAAGAGAAAGGUAUAAGUACCUGGAUCUCCGGGGAAUCUCUGAUGGAAAGGGGCCGGUGACCUGGCCCGACCCCUACGGUGUGGCUGAGAGGGAUGAGGCCUACAGGAGCUUCAGUCUGUCUGGCUGGGGGGGAUCCUGUGGCCAUGAUGCUCCCAUGAAAGCACCGGAUGCCUUACUGGGAGCCGGUUCAGACUGGGAGGAGCUGAUGAACAAAGCUGCUUUCCAUGGAGCCCUAUGACCGUGCGGAAGGGAAACCGUUUGGGCAUCUCCAUCCAGGAGCACAUGGCCAUCAACGUCUGCCCGGGCCCCAUACGCCCCAUCCGUCAGAUCUCUGCCUACUUCCCCCGACUCUCGCCCACUUCCUCCGUCUCGGAGCCGCUCUCGCCCAACCAGCUGACGGCUCCGCUGAGCCCCGGCAGCGCGGGCCAAAGUGGAGGAGGAGCAGCGGGAGGAGGAGACGGAGAAGGAGGAGGCGGGGCGAGCAGGUGCCUUUUGUCUCCGCUGCUACCGGGAGCCGCAGGAGGAGGAGGGUCGCUGUCGGCCAUGAGCAGCAUGGACACCUCCAUCGAGAUCGACAGCUGCGACAGCGACGACAACACUUCCCUGGGGACGUUGGAGUUUGACCUUCUGUACGAGAAAGCCACCAGCUCCUUGCACUGCACAGUCCUCAGAGCAAAGGGUUUGAAGCCGAUGGAUUUCAACGGUUUGGCCGAUCCGUACGUCAAGCUGCAUCUGCUGCCCGGAGCCUGCAAGGCCAAUAAACUGAAAACAAAGAUUGUUCGAAACACACUCAACCCCGUGUGGAACGAGACGCUCACCUACUGCGGCAUCACCGAGGAAGACAUGUACCGCAAAACGCUCAGGGUGUCCGUUUGUGACGAAGACAAGCUGACACAUAACGAGUUCAUCGGGGAGUCGAGGGUGGCCCUGCGCCGCGUGAAGCCUGACCAGACCAAACACUUCAACAUCUGUCUGGAGCAUCCGCCUCCUCUGCCCUCGCCGACGGCGAUGAGCACAGCCCUGAGAGGAAUCUCCUGCUACCUCAGAGAGUGGGAGAUGGAGCAGCAGAGAAGUCUGGAGGAAAGGGGCCGUUUGCUGCUCUGCCUCCAGUUCCUGCCCCCAAACGGUGACGGCGACUUGAAGGGCGAGGCCAAGGAGAGAGCUCGGGGUGGGCUCUGCGUGGGCGUCAAGCGCUGCGCCCACCUGGCAGCCAUGGACGUCAACGGCUUCUCCGACCCCUACGUCAAAACGUACCUGAAGCCAGAUGUUCAGAAGAAAUCCAAACACAAAACAGCCGUCAUAAAAAAGACUCUCAACCCAGAGUUUAACGAGGAGUUCUUCUAUGAAAUCUCCUUCACAGAGUUAGCUUCUAAGACACUAGAAGUCACAGUCUGGGACUACGACCUGGGAAAGUCCAAUGACUUCAUAGGGGGCGUUUCCUUCGGCUGCCACUCGCAGGGCGACGCUCUGCAGCACUGGAUCGACUGUCUGAAGAACAAGGGCCAGAAAGUGGAGCGCUGGCACACUCUGACCAACGAGCUGCCCGGCUCCACGGUGCAGGAAUGAAACCGGGACGAUUCGCCGCACGCGCUGAGCACUUCCUGCAUGACUGGGAUGGAUUCAUUUCCCGCUGACUUUCUACCAGGACUGAAAGAAGCAGUAAUCUAAUGUUUGAGCUAGAUGGAUGUAAUUUAAAGGUGACCUAUUAUGCUUCCUUCAUCGGGUGAGGAUAGGUUGGUGGUCUACACAAAACAUGUUCACCACAUUUUUUGCACAAAAUUAGAUUUUUAAUGAGUUCAGAAAUAGUUGUUUCAGGCCCUACGGUCACUUUAAAUCCAUCCCCCCACUUAACGUUUACACUCACAAGUGAAAACGGCUGCAAACAGACACACAACUAUAUAACCGUACCUCUUUGAAAAGCAUUAGUAGAGCCUCCUGCACAACCAACAAGAAUGGUAAGUCUCGAUGGUAAGAAACACUCGCCUUUUCCAGCUACCAUUAUAUAGCAGUAAAACCUGCGGGAGCUUUGCUUUGGUUGCUAGGUGACAGGCAGAGUUCCGCUGGGGUUGCUAGGUAACGGCUCAGUGGCCAUAGACGUUGCCUAAAAAGAGCUGGAUGUCUUUUUUUAAAUCGCUUAGGUUGUUUUAAGAAGCACUUAAGAUCCAAAUGGGAGAACAAAAACACAAAAUAUUAUUCCAAUUAUAUUAGAAAACUAACUUACAAGAGCUUGUUUUCAGUAAUUAAUUCCUUAAUACUGAUGGAAAGUACUAAUUCCACUCACAGAUUAUUUAACUUAGAACAGGGAAAAUGUUUCAUUAUAAGUAAAAUAAUUUACCAGUGGAACAAAAACCUUUUAAAUUAAAAAUAAGCUCCUAUUUUUCACUAAAAAGUUGCUUGUAAAUUAGUUUUACUAGUACUUUUUUAAAAUCAAUAUUAAGAAAUUAUUGACUUAAAACAAACUCCUAUAUCUUGCUGAAGGGUUAAUUGUUAGUUAGUUUUGCCUUAUUUCAAGUAUACUAAGAUAUUUGCACUACAAAAUAUCAAUCAAGUUUAUAUGUAUAGGACAUUUCAGCAACAUGGCAGUUCAAAGUGUUUUACAUUGUGAAGACAUUAAACAAAACAUUAAAAACACAACAUAUGGUCAACAGUUGUGAAAACCAAGAACAGACAUCGAAUAUGUUGGUUAAUUUUCCAUUUAUUAUGGUUCAAAAUCAACUCUAACAGGUGGAUAUUUAGUCUGGACCAAAAAUACUUGGUAAGAUUUUGUGUUUUUGCCGUGUGGAAGUAUAAAAACGUGCAAAAAAUGAAUUUUGCAUAAUAGGUCCCCUUAAAAAACAUUCACAGGGGUUCAUGUCUGGAGAAUCUAAAGGCAUCGAUUUGAUCUGAUUUAACGAGAAAUCCUGCAUGUAGUGUGUGUGAGAUGAGGGAGGGAGUUUUAAUUAUCCUGCAGUUUGACUUCCAGCCAGCUUUGCUUGCUUUUAUUAAAUCCUGUCAGUUAUUUCCAUUAACUCCUGACAUUAAAUCUUGAAGUCCCUGGCAAUAACUUUCUUUUCUUCCCUGAUGCUUCCAGAGAUUUCCAAGUGGUCUUAAUCCUGCCGGACGUUCCCCAACUAUUGAUCUGCCCGUCACUGGGCCCAGGCUGAUGGGAUAAUUGGCUCUUUUAAUGUUGAUGGUUCGUGUGAGUCGUUUGCAUGUUUGAUGUUGAUGGAGUAAGAGAAGAGUUUUACUCUAACUCGCAUUUCGACGUCUGUAACAGUUGUUCGAUGUGUCAGCUCUGAUAUUUCUGUGUCGAUGCUUUGUUUAUAUAUAAAUAAAGCAGAUGGCGGCGGUUUAAUUAAUAAAUGACUCUAUCAGCCUGUUUGUAUAACACAAAUCAGUGAUGAAUUGUUUUAAAAACAACUGUGUUGUGUGGUACCUCUGUAUUUUACCAAACUGCAGGUUUUAUCUGUGGUGAAUCAGGCUAAUGCUGACAAUAAUAAUAAUAAAUAAUAAUAAUAAUAAUAAUAAUAAUAAUGGUGUUUAUAUGUAAAUACUUUUGGUGUUUUAACUGUUUUGAAUAUUUGUUAUUUUGGAAAGUGGGCAUGGUUGUUGUUUGCUUCUUUAUAAAGCAUUUAUUUAUAUAUAACUGGUUGCAAAGUGGCCUCUGUGAACCUCUGCUGUUUAUGCACAGCCCAGCGGCAACUCAAUAAAGCUCAAUACUGCCA